UUCCGCUGUGACGUCAUCACGGUUAGCAAAAAUGGCUGCGCUCUGUGUGCGUGUUGUUGGAUCGUUUCUAGGAAAAUGUGUAAACUGCUCGAGUUUAAACCCAACCACUCUGCAAUUGAGCCGACAGAUAUGCGUGAGCUCUGCUCUCAGCAAGAACAACGUGACGAUUCCAAAACCCGAGAAGUUCACGCCGGAGUUCAUCCAGAAGCAGAUCGAAGAGUUUGAAAUUGGUAAGCGGCACCUGGCUAACAUGAUGGGAGAGGAUCCAGAAAACUUCACUCAGGAAGACAUAGAUAAAAGCAUCGAGUACCUCUUCCCGUCCGGCCUGUUUGUUAAGGAGGCUCAUCCAGUCAUGAAGCAUCCUGAUCAAAUCUUUCCCAAGCAGAAAGCUAUACAGUGGGGAGAAGACAAGCGACCUUUCCACUUCCUGUUUUACACCGGCAGGCCGUUGUACUACUCCCUCAUGCACACGGCGUAUGGAAAAAUACUGGGCAUUGAAAAGCAGCAAGACCAUCUUCGAACCAAAGGACUCUUCUCUACCGACACCAAGACAAUCGCCUUAGAAACUAGCAGGUGGCUCACAAGAGAUGAACUGGAGCAGGAACUGCUGGAGAACAUCACUCCUCAAAGUUACGACCGUUUCAUCCAGCUGAUGACGCGCCUGUUGUCCUUGCCAUACUGCAGUCUGGAGGAGAAGUUCAUCAUGCAGUACCGUAAACAACUGGAAGCCCAGGCCACACAAAAAGUUGUGCCGUCUCUGCAGAAGGACAACAAUGGCGUGGUCUUCAGCACCGCGGAAGGGCAGAGGAAGACGUCCAUGUCAUCGGUCGUUCUUCGAGACUGCGGUUCAGGGCGCGUCACCAUCAACGGCCAGGCGUACGUGCAGUACUUCCACGAGCUGCAAGACAGAGAGCAGCUGAUGUUCCCACUGCAGUUCGUGAACGUGCUGGGCCGCUUCGACCUCGAGUGCACUGUGAGCGGCGGCGGCCGGUCGAGCCAGGCGGGGGCGCUGCGGCUCGCCAUCGCUCGGGCGCUGCUCAGCUUCGUGUCUGAGAGGGAGGCGGAGGACAUGAGACAAGCUGGCUUGUUGACAGUUGACCCCCGUUUGAGGGAAAGGAAGAAGCCGGGCCAGGAGGGAGCGCGACGCAAGUUCACCUGGAAGAAACGCUGAAGUUUCUCUGAAACCAGACGAACCUCUUCUGUGUAUUUUAAUUAUGUUUCAUGAACCAGAAGCUGCAAUGACCAGCCUCG